GUUGACGUUGAUUAAAGCUUAAAUUAAAAAUGGGACAGCAGCUAUUUGUCUAGUUAUGCAUAGACUGAAUAAUUGCCUCUUCUUUCGUCGGUCUUUAUCAAUUAAUUAUUGAUUAAAUUUGCAAAGAACAGUCGGUUGAUUUUUUAUUAUUCUUUUAAUUUCUUCCAAAAUGCGCCGAUUGUUUUUAUUUUUUGUACUUGAUUUUAAUAAAUUGCACAAUUUUUUCGCUAGGAAUUUUAGGUGUUCGAAGUAAAGGUGUUUUAAACUUAAAUGUUAAUGUAAUUUGAAAAUUUAUUCUGACUGGAAGUGUUAUUAGCAAAUUUCCACAAAAAUAUUUGAAAUUUUUCUUAAACCAUUAUAAAAAGCGAAGAAGAUAAUGCCAUUCUCUCAUUUUGUCACCAUAUUAACGUUCUGAAAAAGUGUACUAAAUGCAAGGUGACAUCACUAGCCCAGCUGAUCAUUGUUUAGAAGUUUUUAUACAUACAGUUUAUAUGGUAUACAAAAAGAUCCUUUGUUUUCAUUAUGGUUACUCUGAUUCCUCUAAAAUACACUGGAGAGCAAAUAUGAAUGCAUGUUUGUAAUUGUUGCACUUUUAAAAAGCUUUUAUUUCACUUUCUUUGUUAGAUGGUACAAAUUUUUUAAAUAUUUUUGAUUAUCACAAAAUCUCAGUCCAUUUAAGCCCUCAAGUAUAGGUGCACUUGUCCACAAAAGCGAAACUAAGAAUCUUUAAAAUACAAAGAAGAUUGUGGUCAGGACUUUGAACCGGAAACUGCACCAAAAAUUUAUAGUUAAGUAAUUUUUCACGAUCUUUAGAGAAAUCUGCAUGACUAAAAUCAUAAGUCUAUAAAUUUGGGAUGAUAAAUCUAUAAAUAUGGGGUGAUGAGUAUGCAAAAUGCUUCAAUUUUAUCAAAAUGACUCGUGACUAGAAACUAAAGGCACCAUAUGUUAUACACAUUCAUAGGACUUGCCUGAUCGCAUACCAGACACAAAAUAUGUCGAAAACUUAAAAAACGCUGAUCUCAGAUAGAAUAUCUUGGUUAAGCGGAAAAUUAGAGCAAAAUUGGGGGAUGGAGUGGGCCUGGGGUUCUAUAUGGAAGACCCAGAAUCAAAAAUAUACCACUGUUUACCUAAUCAUAACACAAGCUUCCAGGCAGAAGUCCGAGAAAUAAGGCAAUAUGUAAAUUAGAUUAAAAUAAAUAUGGCGCUCACAACCAUUAAUAUAUUUACGACAGCUGAGAGAAUUAAAUCUAUGACCGUAUUGGAUUGUAAGAAAGCUUUAACUGAAUACUCUCCCAGAGGUACGUUUUAUAUCAUAUGGGUACCUGGCCACUCGGGAGUAGUCGGCAACGAAAGGGCGAAUGCAAUUGCUUUAAAGAGAAUGGACAAACGCUAAACUAGUCGACACAACAAGAGCUGAAAUAAAAAUAUGGGUGAGAGAAUCCUAUAAGGCCUCUUUUAAUAAUGAAACUGAGGCUUAAACCACAAAGAUCCAAUGGGGUAAUCCUGACUAGAACAAGACGAGAAAUCUCCUCAAAUGAGUAAGGUCGAAGUUAGUAUGAUGGUAUGUAUUCAGAUCACAUCUAUACGAAAUUGGCCGUGCGAAUUCAGGCAAAUGUAGAGCAUAUGGAGAGGACAGCGAAACUCUGGAGAACUUUCUUUGUCACUCUCAGGCAUUCGUCGAAAUUAGUAAUUACGUCCAGAAACUGAGUUUCUGAACAUUGCAAAAAAAUAUGAACAUUUUUUUCUGAAAAGGAGAGAACAACAGGUCCGAUAGUGCCCUAGGUGUAUUUCUUCGGAUUUGAUGUAAAAUACAUCCUCAUAUCAAUUAAUGUAUAAUAAGGUUUAUUUUUUGUUGUAUUUUAAUAAUGACAAAUCUGCGGGUAAAAAACGAAGUACUUCCAAAAGAAUAACUUUUAUCACCAGUUCAAAAGUGGUCACGUUUUUGGAGACAAAAUCUGCCUUACUCUGCUUUACUAAAAGAAACAAGUUAUGUAUUAAAUAACAAUUUUUAAAUAGAAUAUUAGCUUUGUUUUGAGGUACUAAGUUUGUUUCUAUUAUUUACCGUUCUGUCGUUAUAGCUUCAUAUGUUAGCUUUUUGGAAAAAACUUUGCAUUUUUUUUAAUUUUGAGCGACGAGCGGCACGUGUUAACGUUUUUUCAGCUAUCUCAAUAUCUGGAAAGGGAAAUCAUUUUGUGGGGUUAAGACGAACAAGAUUCCAACAUCGACUUUUUGCGGUCACUCUAAUGCAUAUAUUUAUUAAAUCUUGCCGUUCCAGUUUAUUUGAUAAAUAUUUUUCAUUCAAAACAACCAUCUCUACAGAAAAAAACAUAAAAUAUAUAAAACUAAUAAAUUUAACGAAUUUCUUGUUAAAUUUAGACAUAACAAAAAUGUCCUGUAUGCAAUGAUAAUAAAUGUGAAAAUAAAGUGUUUUAUUUUUUAAAGGCUGUGUAGUGUAGGCAUUAGAGUCGUAACGUAUCUGAAAUAAAAUAUUUGAAAUUUUAAAUGAACGGUUGUUUUAAUUCAACUCAAAUAGCUUAUGUAAUUAAAAAAAUUCGAAUCGCCUUAUAUUAACUAUCAAAUUAAAUCAAAUUCAUCGAAGUGCUCCCAAGAUAAAUAUUUGUUUGUCUUUUAAUAAAAAAGGUUACGAAAAAUAAAUAACAAAAUUAAAUCAGUAAAUAACUUUCAGCUUUAUUCUAUACUUAAUUUGUAUGCAAUGAAUUUUAGUGAUUUUAAAAUAUUAAAAUAUAUUUAAUAUGACAUAGAAAAAAAUUAAAAAAGAAAUAUAAAAUCAAUUACGACAAAGCCGCCUUUGCAUUUUGCCUUUUGUUCCGUGAACGGAUCCACUUUUUAUUGAAAUAAAAUAUAAAGAAAUAUACUAAUUUUUGUACAUAUAAGAACAAUUUUUACUCACACUCAGAAAAUUCAAAUAAAACAGUUUGCUUUAAAAAAAUAAAAUAUUAUUUAUUUUUAAUAAAAUAACAUAAACCAAUUAGUAAAUUCUAAAUUUUAAAAAGUAAAAAUAAUUGAAUUUGUUUAACAAGUGAUCAAUUGUUGCCUUUUCUCUUUUAUUGAAAUAUUUUAUUACAUUUUGGCUGAAAAUAUAUACAUAAAUAAAUAAUUAUAUAAAUUAAUAAUUUAACUAAUAAAUAAAUAAAAACACACUACUUUGUGUCGAUACAAAUAAAUAUCGUUUCUGUUCAUUUGUCCUGGCUAGUAUUGAUAGAAAUAUGGACAUGAAGAUUGAACAUCAACAGCAAUCGACACCCGUUCAGCCGGAAAUGGCAUCACCCUCGGAAGUGCCAAACGAUCCAGGGAAAAUGUUUAUUGGUGGCUUGAGUUGGCAAACAAGUCCAGAGAGUUUAAAAGAUUAUUUUAGUCGUUUUGGUGAAAUUUCAGAGGCAAUGGUUAUGAAAGAUCCGGCGACACGAAGGUCGAGGGGAUUUGGCUUCAUAACUUUUAGUGAUCCAGCUAGUGUAGAUAAAGUUUUAGCUCAAGGUACACACGAAAUAGAUGGUAAAAAGGUUGAUCCAAAAGUAGCAUUUCCCCGAAAAACACAUCCCAAAAUGGUGACAAGAACGAAGAAAAUAUUUGUGGGUGGCCUAUCAGCGCCUACCACACUGGAAGAUGUCAAAAGCUAUUUUGAGCAAUUUGGACCGAUAGAAGAUGCCAUGCUUAUGUUUGAUAAGCAAACAAAUCGACACAGAGGUUUUGGCUUCGUUACAUUUCAAAGUGAAGAUGUUGUAGACAAAGUUUGUGAAAUUCAUUUCCAUGAGAUAAAUAAUAAAAUGGUCGAGUGCAAGAAGGCCCAACCAAAGGAAGUAAUGUUACCAGCAAAUUUGGCUAAAACUCGUGCUGCUGGCCGUUCCGCUUACGACAACAUCAUGUGGGGACUAGGGACAUUACCGGAAGGGUUUCCAGCGGCUGCUUACGCUGCCUACGCAGCUGGACGUGGCUACUCGGGUUAUCCUAGUUUUGGUUUACCGUAUCCUACUGUGGAUUUGACUAAUGGUCAGUUAACACCGAACAAUAACACACCAUUGCUAACUCAGGCAUUAUCGGUGAUGAAUAAUUAUCAAGCCGCUGCUGCAGCUGCUCAUACUUUUGCAGCUCCAUCGGCAUCACCUCAUACCACUACUACACGGCAGGGGUUUCCAUCUACUAAUUCCCCCGGGCCCACCAUUGAUAUGUACAGUUCAACGGCCGCCGACAAUGUGGGCUAUGUACAAGCUACCAGUCCUCAACCCUCAGGGUUUCCAAUUGCCGUGAGUCGAGCUCCACUCAACUAUAGUCCGGGACCACUAAUUCCUGCGGCAUUUACAAAUGGUUACCAUUAAGUGGAGGCACGGACCGCAACAAAUAAAAUCAGUUAAGCAGCGGCAACAACCAACACAAAAAAUAUGUUAAAAAUAUAUAAAAAACAAAACAUCAGUUUAAAAAAAUAAAUAUAAAUGUUGCAAUAUUGAGAAUAACAAAAAAACCAA